AUGCAAGGUCAUAUUCUUGUCUUUUUGCUACUUUCUAUAGCCUUCACGGAAGGAAUAUUGUUCAGUUCAAAACCAAAGUGUCCAAUUAAAGUAUUUAAAUCAAGCAAAUAUAUCAUAGGAGAUAAAUUAUUACUCCAUGAAAAUUUUCAUGAUCGUGUUAAACCUUUAGAAAAUGUGGCAAAAGAUUGUAGAGUACAUUUAUAUAUUAAAGGAUCAUAUUAUCAAUUGAAAGAUCCGGCACAACAAGUCUUAAUAUCUGAAGCUGAUAUAGUCAUUGGUCAUGGUUUUCAAUUCGAGUUUCGAGAUGAAAAAAAUGCACUUUUAUGCAAUAAAAUAUGUCUUUCAAAAAAUCCAAUGGAUAUACCAGAAGUGAAAUGUUUCUUGCAAGGUGCCAUUAAUCGUGGUUUAACAUGGUCACGACUUAAUGCAGAUGUUUUGAGUGAUGGUACAUAUGCUUCAAAUAUGGGUGGAUAUCAAGCAUUGAAAACAGACAUUCAAACAAGAUGUCAAAAUGAAAAAUUAAAACGACAACUCUUACGAGUACUUCGGAAGAUGCAUGAAGAAGAGGAAGAAGAGAAGAAGAAAUAA